AUGGCGACUAAAGUACACAGAGUGCGAUAUUAUACUCCAAAACCAGAACCUAUCAAUUGUAUUUCAUAUAACAAAACAAGUAAACAAAUAGCAAUUGCAAGGCGUGACGCCUCCAUAGAAUUAUGGGAUGUGAACCAUGCACCAUAUCUUAUAAAAUUAAUUCCAGGCGUAAAGAAUGGUUCUGUGGAAGCUCUUGGUUGGGUAAAUGAGAGACUAUUAGCUACUGGCCUUGGCGGUGCACUGGUUGAAUGGGAUCUUGAUAAGUUGGUGUUGAAAGCAACAGUACUGCUCACAGGCUAUGCAGCAUGGUGUUUAGAUGUAAAUACAGACAACUCGUUGGUGGCUGUGGGCACUGAACAAGGAUAUGUGAAUUUAUACAAUGUGGAAAAUGAUGAAAUAGUUUAUAAAAAACUAUUUGAUAAGCAAGAAGGCAGAAUUUUGUGCUGCAAAUUUAAUAACACAGGAAAUGUUUUAGUGACAGGGUCAGUCAAUACCAUAAGAGUAUGGAACAUAGAAACUGGAGAGGCUAUAAACCGCAUGUCAGUUAGUCGCCGUGGUAAAGAGGUUAUUGUAUGGUGCCUUGGUGUUCUAUCUGAUAAUACUAUUGUAUCUGGAGACAGUCUUGGAAGACUUAUAUUUUGGGAUAGUACUGUUGGUGAUCAGAUUGAAUCAUACUCGACACACAAAGCUGACAUACUUUCAAUAGCUGUGUCUGAUGAUGAGAAAAGUCUGUUCUGCAGUGGAGUGGAUCCAGUGAUUAUGAAUUUUAUUAAAGUAAAUAAAAAUAUGGGUAAACAGAUGGAUGCACAAUGGGUAAAAAAUGUACAAAGAAAUAUUCACGAGCAUGAUGUAAGAGGCCUUAUCAUACAUGGUGAAAAAUUAAUAUCAGUUGGUGUUGAUGGCUACCUCACAUUUUCAAGCUACCCUCCAAAGUGGGUUAUGCGAAUCCCUCCAAUGAUUUCAGCGCCAAGGUCUGCUGUAUGCACGGAAAAAAAAUUACUGCUUCUAAGGUAUAGUAAUUAUCUAGAAGUUUGGAAAUUGGGUGCAUAUGCUACAAACAAUGUAGGUAAUGUAUUAGUAAAUAUUAGCUCUAAUCAAGACAUAAACACAACAGACAACAAUGACAUUGAGGAGGAUUCUACAAUUGACAUCAUCAGCAAAGCUAAAUCAGAGAAUACACAGAAAAAAAGUUUAAAACUAACAGAAAAACCAGUAAAGUUGGCCUCAAUACAAACCAAGGGAAAUAAACAGUUGCGAUGCUGUGCAUUAUCGCCUGACGGAAAAUUAAUAGUGUAUUCCACUGCAAGUGAUGUACGGAUGCUCAAGUUAGAAACAGAUGACGACCAGUCCAACAUAUCUCUAUCAAAAGUUAUAAUUACCGGUCUACCCGCGGGUGGUUGUGACCGUAUCGCGUUCACGCAAGACUCCCACAUCAUGCUCGCUCAUUGUGCCGGAGUUCUACAUGUGCUACAGGUGGAUCCAGAAGCGGGUGCUACACCGGUGCAGACUAUAUCCUUAGAUAAAUAUUUCAAAGCUAAAUCACUAUUACAUCUUUGCAUAUCCAAAAAAACUCAGAGUGGGGUAUAUCUAGUCGCAGCUGAUACUCAAGGCUCAAUAGCUGUUUGGACGCAGAAUGCAAAGAAAUUUGAUUAUCACGUUUCAUUACCAAAGUACCAGUGCCUGCCAUCAGCACUGACAAUAGACAGUGAAAGAGAAAACCUCAUAGUAGCGUACGUCGAUCAGAAGAUAGUAGAAUAUGAAUUGAAAGAGAAGAGAUUUACAAAGUGGCCGGGAGCGGCGUUGCCCCCGGAGUGGUUGUCGCGCAAGUCCGCCGUGUUGUCAGUCACCGCGCACCCCACGCGGGACGCGGUCGUAUUUCAGGAUGAAAACUCGCUGUGGAUUAUGGAAAAGACUGUACAGGAUGUGGUGGAACCAGCAGCUAAAAGAAAAUCACGGCCAGGAAGUAAGAAUGUUGGACUUAGAAUUGUGCCUAUAAAGUAUUUGGCUGACUUUCACUGGAUUGACAAGGACGAAGCAGUGUCACUGGAAAUGCUGCCCGAAUAUAUAGUGUCACAAUUACCUGCAAUGUCAGCAGUGAAAAGACAUGGACGUAUUUAA